AUGAAAAAAAUACUAAAUACUAUUGACAAAUUCGAUAUUUUUGGGGUUCCAAUAAAUCUUUUGACUAAUACUAAGGCUUCUUUAUAUUAAAGUAAGCUUGGUGGAAUAGUUACUCUUAUAAUUGGAAGCAUUAGUUUAACUUAUUUUUUAUAUGUAAUUAUAUAGUGGAUUGAUCAUCAAAUACCUCCUAUUGUAAGUGUUAAAUAAUAAACAAUGUCAUAUGCUGAAUUUGAGUUGUCAAAUUCUAUUAUUGAAUUAGAAUUAUAAGAUUUUUUGGGCGAUGUGGAUCCGUUUAGAAAAGAAAUAAUAUAAUCACACCUAAUUUAUAUCGAAUUUAAGAUACAGCUAUAUUUGAUAAACCAACUCCAUUAUUUAGUAGUAAGGACAAUCCAUAUAAAAUAUCUAUAAGUAAUGGAACAAUUGUUUUAAAUCAUGAUUACACAGGGAAUGAUGACCGCUUAGAAAUGACAUAAUUAUUGCUAGUUUUAGAAGGUUGUUCUAAUUUAACUACUGUAUCUGGAAGUUAUUGUGCUGAUGAAAAAGUAAUAACAGAGUAUUUAUCAAAAUUACAUGGGUUUUUAUUCUUAAAUAUUAAAUUAAAUUAACUCAAGUAUUCUACAGGAGAAUUAGAAGAAAUUAAAAAAUAAUAUUAUACAGCUUUAGAAUUGUCUAGACCUCUAUAUUCAUAGGUAAUGCUUAAAUAAUAAGAAUCUAUUGUUGAUAAUGGAAUAUUAUUUAAUAAUUAUGAAAAUUACUAUUUCUUAAAUAAUUAUGAGAUAAUUCAUUAACAAGUUGAUAAUCUUUUCGCUUCUGAAGUGGUUAGUGUAAUGUCUAAACAAUUUCAUUAAUUCAAAAGUUAUGGUUGUUAUUUAUUUAGAAUUGAUAACAUUUCUGUUUCAGAAACUAUAACAUGUCCAAAAUUAGGUUAAAUUCUAGCUUAAGUUGGAUCAAUUGUGUAGAUAAUAUUUUGA